AUGUCAACGCCUCCUGAUAUUAAUAAUAUCCUCGAUAUUGAAGAAGAAGAUCAAGAAAUUGAUAUGGAAUUUGAUAACGAUAAUAUAGAUAAUAUAAUUGAUUCUAUUCUUGACGCAACAGAUGGUGUUGGUCAUAUGUGGGAAUCAGUAGAAGAUGAUAAUACAGUAUCAAGUGAAUCAAAUAAUGAAAGAGUGAAAAUCUAUUUACUUCCAAUAAAUGAAUAUGUAAUGUGGAUUAGGGAUCUUGAAAAAGGGGGACUAAACUAUGUUCGACAUGAUCAUAGAAGUAAUUGGUGCAGUGCUAAAAGGAAAAAUCUGUGGACAGAGCAUUGGUACUGUCAUCGCUAUGGGAUAUACAAAAGUAUUGCAGGAAAAAAUUUAAAUAAAAAACCAAGAAUUGUACAAAAGGAGACUAAGAAAUAUGACUGCAAAAGCUUUAUUCAUGUAACUCUUCCUAUUAAUUCGUCUAAUGUAGUCCUAUACCAUUACUACAAACAUACAAAUCACUAUCCCAGACAUUUAUCUGAUUUAUAUACAAUGCCACUUUCUGAAAAUAUCUGA